CUCACAGAAAUGUCUCCUGUGAAUGUGACACUGUCUCGGUUGGAUGGUCUCUUCAUUGCCAGACUUGCAGAGCAGGCGGAGCGCUAUCACGAUGUGAUUGCGCAGAUCAAAAGCAUCGUCCAUUCUACCAACGCCCAGCUCACCUCGGAUGAGCGCAAUCUGCUCUCUAUCGCGUACAAGAACAUCACUGCGAGUUUCCGGACAAGCUGGCGCACCAUUGACACUCUGCAACGGAACACGGUUCACCACUCGACGUGGCAGCAGCGGCAGCUCAUGCAGCGGCAGAAGGAGAGGAUAGAGCAAGAUUUGAUCGACACCUGCAAGGACGUCGUCGAGUUGCUGGAACGCUUCCUGAUCCCCGCGGCCAAUCCUGGAGAAGAGAAGGUCUUCUAUUGCAAGAUGCGAGGGGACUAUUAUCGUUACCUGGCAGAGAUGUCGCGAAGCCAGACCCACGAACAGUAUGCGGCGACUUCUCUCGAUGCCUAUAAGUUCGCAUACAAGCAUGCUCUCAACACCCUCGAUCCCGCACAUCCAACGCGGUUAGGACUGGCACUUAACUUUGCCGUUUAUUACCAUGACAUUCGCCAAAGUCCUGAGAGAGCUUGCUUCCUCGCGAAACAUGCUUUCGAUGAAGCAAUGGCGGUUGUCACCGACGUCUCCGUUCACCCUCAGAGUCUGGAAGACUCGCUUACGAUACUUCACCUUUUGAAGGAUGAUCUGUUGUUGUGGGCGGGGGAGAUGACUGUCGAGUCGAAGUAGGAUAGAAAUUAUACGUAAACACGUAGAACAUUAUCUUAAUCCGUAACUCUCAACGGCCGCCUGGCGAAAUGGCAUCGCGUCUGAC